UUCUGAGCACACUAUUGAUGGAGAGCAGUAUCCCAUGGAGCUGCACAUUGUCCACAUGAAGAGCCACUACACUGACCUGACCACGGCACUGAGAGACAAGGAGGGAGUCGCUGUCCUCGGCUUUUUCUAUGAGAAGUCUAACAGUGCAAACAAAAAKUAUGAGCCCAUCGUCAACACGCUGCAAAGCAUUAGAGCCACAA